AUACAGUUGUUGUGUCCCACUCUCAGGUGUCAAAGGUCCCCUGGCCCCUCCCCUUUAGGCGAUUCAUAAACCAGGUGAAACAACCCGUAUGGAUCAGAACACAGAGCAGAGGCUGAGAAGCAGCAGGAUAAAAGAGAUGUCCCAGAAUUUGGAUACCCAGGCGUUGGCUGGAUGCGGAGGUCCUCAUAAUGCCAGUCCAACUUCAAGACACCGGUCCCCAAAGGUUUGGAAUUCAACACAAACUUCCCUUGAUAGGGGGCCUUCACAGAGACGUAGAAGUCCUACCCCAGAUCAGAACAUGAACCCCAACAGGUGCCGGCAGCCAUGGAAAGACUGGUCUCCAGGCAGGUGGCAACUGUUUCAAAACCAGAGGCGAAGUUGGGGAUGGAGCCCUACAUCCCCAACGUUUGCCCCUCGAUAUAACAGCAGUACAGAACCCAAACCAUUCUUCAGAGAACCAAGAGGCGGCAUCAAACAGGUGCACGGUAAUCACCAGACAGCAAGAGACAUCAGUCAUUAUUACAGUCCAUCCAUGAUAAAGGACCCGUGGGCAGAAUUGAAAGCUGAGGGCACUAAAGAAGCAGCAGAGGCCCAAUACUGAUAGACUACCAUCUGCUUGAACCAACAUCAAACCUGUACUCAUGCUCCAUGCAAGGGCCUGGGGACACCAAGGGUAGUGUAUUUGUACUAUUAUCUACCUUCUGUGAAGGCUGGCACAAUAUGGGCACUUAUAAGGCAUGAUUUAUUCCUACUGGGUAUAAGUAGAAGCCAAUCAAGUCAAACUACAAGAUCUGGACACAAUCCAUUGAAUUGCCUCUCUCGCUACAUCUCUAGAUUUCACUGUCCAAGCCUUCCAGAGAAUGGAUAGCCAAAUAUUUUCUGGUCAUGUAACCGAAUCUCAUAGCGGGCCUUUACAGAAGAACAAAUCAGCCAUUAUGGGUCAAUCGGAAUCAAGGAUGAGUAGGAAAUCUUCUCCCAAAUGCUUUCUGUCUCAAUUGCUUAUGCAAAAAUAUAGCCCUAUGUAUGGUUUUACCAGUUUUAAUUUUAAAUCAAACCUAACAAACAGCUGCAUGCUUAUUGUUUAUAUAAAGGCUUGACCGAGGGUGCAGAUAGGCCCAAAAGGUUGCACGAUUGCUGCAAGGGUAUGACCCAUUUUUGUCAGGCCCGUUAUAAAGCUUCCAUUGCGUUGGUGGGAAAUAUUUCAUUUGACUGCACUGCAGAAAUGUUCAUUAUUGGGGAUUGAUCCGACCAUACUGUGGGACUGCACAGACCUGGUAAGCCAGAACACAAGCCCACACCGACAUUUCAAGGUGAUUUCCCCUUUAAACAAUGGCUGCCAUUUUAAAUUCGUUGUUUUUUUCCAAAAUCCCAGAAAUAUUGAUAUUUUUGCCUUAUAUGUUCUAAAAAAAAAAAGUCUCCAUAACCAAUACAAAUAAAAUGGGGGGCAGCCUUGUCUAGUUCCAUUGUAUUUUUGUACUGGGGGAGAGAGAAUACCAUUAACUCUUAUAGACUUGGUUUUAUGGGCUCAAACCCACACAAUUUUAGAAUUAGAAUAUGUAUUAGAACCCUGCUUAAGGAAUACUGUUGUAUAAUGAGUGGUUAAAAACUUGUUGUCAUAACUUGUAUACUACUUGAGUUAUAAAUUUAUGACUAUUAGUACCCUCUACACUAUUACAAAAAAAAUUAGAAAAUUUAUUAGGACAUAAAAACCUAACGCGUUUCGGCACUUACUCAUAGGCUGAAUGGCACACCCCUGUACACGUGUUAUAAAGGGGCUGUAGCCAAUCACAAAACAGCAAACACGUUACCACUUUGUUACAAUUUGUAAGAUUCCACCUAGUGGUCAAAAGUGCUAAUUAUUACAAACCUGCAAAAAUCAGUAAUACAAACGUACACCUCAACAACAAAAAAAAAAAUCAUGUGGUGGUAACAUGUGUUUGCUGUUUUGUGAUUGGCUACAGCCCCUUUAUAACACGUGUACAGGGGUGUGCCAUUCAGCCUAUCAGUAAGUGCCCCAAUAGGCACGAAACGCGUUAGGUUUUCAUGUCCUAAUACAUUUUCUUUAUUAUUGCAUUUUUUUUGUAAUAGCGUUUUGGAUUUGCACCUUGGGACUGGGGGGAACUGUGAGUAAAUCCUCUAUAAUUAAUUUAAUAAUUUAGAUUUUGUAUUUUUGACUUAUUAUUUGAGUAGUACCGUACAUACAUUCUUUCUAUGUGGCAUUAGCACAAACCUUGUUAUUAUAUUAGUACCCUCUCCCUUGUUUAUUACAAAACUGAAAAUAAAGAAUAUACAAAACUA